GUCGUCAUCGCGUUUUCUUUUCAGUCGUUGCUGUGCUUUGUGCGGCUAAGCGUUGUCGAUUUUUAAUCUCAAAGGUUACGUUUACUUGUGCCAUUGUGGCUGUGAUUUUUAUCAUUUAACUUUAUUUAUACGGCCGCACGGUCGAUACUACAAAAGCCGACAUGACAUCAAAAUUGAAAGUUGGGAAAGUCGGCUCCAAGAAUAAGGAGGAUGCUCCUUACGAGUUGGAGAGCCAGUUUAUCCUGAGGCUUCCUUCGGAGUACGCCUCAACAGUGAGAAGAAUUGCGCAGUCGAGCAGUAUGAACAUGAAAGACAGACUCACCAUCGAGUUGCACCCUGACGGUCGUCAUGGCAUAGUGAGAGUAGACCGUGUCCCUUUGGCCUGCAAGCUGGUGGAUCUGCCUUGUAUGAUUGAGUCUCUCAAAACAGUGGACAAGAAGACGUUUUACAAGACUGCUGAUGUCUGCCAGAUGCUGGUAUGUACACUAGAUGGAGACCUUUACCCUCCUUUGGAGGAGCCAACUGGCACCGACCCCAAGAGCAAAAAGAAGGACAAAGACAAGGACAAGAAAUUUGUUUGGAAUCACGGCAUCACCUGCCCUCUGAAGAACACACGCAAGAGAAGAUUUCGGAAGACUGCAAAAAAGAAGUACAUUGAAUCUCCUGAUGUGGAAAAGGAAGUGAAGAGAUUGCUGAGCACAGAUGCUGAGGCUGUCAGUGUUCGAUGGGAAAUUAUAGCAGAGGAUGAGUCUAAAGAAGCAGAUCAACACGGUUCUCUGGCCAACCUGGACUCCUCACCUGGCACCUCAGGACACAAGAUGGGCCAUGGCUCCUCUGCCCAGCGAGAUGAACUCAGGGAGAUCUUCAACGACAUCAGCAGCUCCAGUGAGGAUGAGGAGGAUGAAGGAGACCGGCAUGAGGACGAGGACCUGAAUAUCAUGGAUACAGAGGAUGAUCUGGUCCGACAGCUCCAAGACAAACUCAACGAGUCUGAUUCUGCACAGCAUGAAAGUGACCGAAACAACCAGAUAGUUAUGGAAUAUCAGGUGCAGAUCAACAACGUUAAGGCAAAGCUUCAGGAAACCCGCGCCCGAAAGAAACAGCAGGAGGAGCUCAUCAUGAAAGUGGAAAACCAGGCCCUCAAAAACCGCUUCCAAGCCUUGUUGGAUGAGAUUAUUCAGCAGGAGGAGCGAGAAAUGGAGCAGCUGGCCUCCCUGCAGGAGCAGCUGGACUCACUGAUAGAGAAGUGACCACCAGGGGGCAGUCUCACGUCAUCUUCAGCCACGCAUCACCGAGACCAAGAGAACAGCCUUCAUCCAGGGAGGAGGGAGUCUUUAUUAGAGGACUUCCUGUGCCGUUUUUAUAUGUUUCACCUACAGCAGUGCACACACCUUCCUUCAGUACCUACAGUUCAUAUUUUUUUUAUUAAGCUGAGAAAAGUUAUUAUUAGCUACUGUGUGAUUCAACUGUCGGGUUUGCUUCUAUCUGUUUUGCUUUUCUUUUUCCUGCUAUAGCUAAAUCUCAGCCCUCUUAUACUCACAUUUUUGUGUAUUUCAUUACUUGUUUGAAAAGAGAAUUACAGAACUGUCAAAGCAUUUGACACUCACCCAA